AUGGCUAAGAAGGAGAACUGGACCUCUCGACGUCGACUGCCACGACUACGUGAAACUCAGAUAAGUGACGGGAUGAACGACAGCCAGGUAGCGCUCCACACAGGCGAAGCUGUCAGAGUGACUCAGUGUUACUUCUGUGGAGGUGGAGCGCUUUUUCCACCACUCUUGGAGACCAUGUUGGAGGAUGAGGAUGCAGAGAGAGUCAGUCAGGAGUCAAAUGUUUCCAUUUCCCACCAGAAUCACACUGACCUGGACUUCAUAUUCAUGCUGCUGGAGGACAACAUUGUUGCUUUUGUGAAGAAUGAGCUAAAGCAGAUGAAGAGUUCUCUGAAUCCAGAUUAUGAAAAAUUCUUAGAAAGUCAGAAUGAGGAUGAGGAGCAGAGGAGCAGAAGAGAGGCAUUUCUGAAGCUCACAGUGCACUUCCUUCAGAGAAUGAAGGAAAAGGAACUCGCUGCCUAUCUGCUAAGCAAAAACUCCCGUCCAUGCUUUAAGUGUAAACUUAAAUCUAACAUGAAGAAGAAGUUCCAGUGUGUGUUUGAGGGCAUUGAUAAAGCACAGACUCUAUCCAUGCUGAAUCAAAUCUACGCAGAGCUCUACAUCACAGAGGGAGGGAGGGGAGAGGUCAAUAAUGAACAUGAGGUCAGACACACUGAAACAUUUUUCAGGAAAGCAGACAGAGCAGAAACAACAAUCAGACGUGAAGACAUCUUUAAAACUGAAAGAGACAAAGCAGUCAGAACAGUGCUGACAAAGGGAGUGGCAGGAAUCGGAAAAACAUUCCUAACACAGAAGUUCACUCUGGACUGGGCUGAAGAUAAAACCAACCAGGACAUCCAGUUCAUGUUUCCAUUCACUUUCAGAGAGCUGAAUCUGCUGAAGGAUAAAAAGUUCAGUUUGGUGGGACUUGUUCAUCAUUUCUUUACUGAAACCAAAGAAGCAGGAAUCUGCAGCUUUGAAAAGUUCAAGGUUGUGUUCAUCUUUGAUGGUCUGGAUGAGUGUCGACUUCCUCUGGACUUCCACAACACUGAGAUCCUGACUGAUGUCACAGAGUCCUCAUCAGUGGAUGUUCUGCUGAUAAACCUCAUCAGGGGGAAUCUGCUUCCUUCUGCUCACGUCUGGAUAACCACACGACCUGCAGCAGCCAAUCAGAUCCCUGCUGAGUGUGUAGACAUGGUUACAGAGGUCAGAGGGUUCACUGACCUACAAAAAGAGGAGUACUUCAGGAAGAAAUUCAGAGAUGAAAAUCAGGCCAACAUCAUAAUGUCCCACAUCAAGAUAUCUCAUAGCCUCCACAUCAUGUGCUACAUUCCAGUCUUCUGCUGGAUCACUGCUACAGUUCUGGAGAAUUUGUUAAAAACAAGUGAGAAAGGAGAGCUGCCCAAGACUCUGACUGAGAUGUACAUCCACUUCCUGGUUGUUCAGAUCAAAGUGAAGAACAUCAAGUAUGACAGAGGGGGAAAGACAGAUCCACACUGGACCCCAGAGAACAAGAGCAUGAUUGAGGCUCUGGGGAAACUGGCUUUUGAGCAGCUGCAGAAGGGCAACCUGAUCUUCUAUGAAUCAGAGCUGACAGAGUGUGGCAUCAAUAUCAGAGAGGCCUCAGUGUACUCAGGAGUGUUCACACAGAUCUUUAAAGAAGAGAGAGGGCUCUACCAGGAGAAGGUGUUCUGCUUCAUCCAUCUGAGUGUUCAGGAGUUUCUGGCUGCUCUUCAUGUCCAUCUGACAUUCACCAACUCUGGUGUCAACCUGCUGGAAGAAGAACAAACAGCAUCAGUGCCGACUGAAGAGCCUUCAGUGAGACACUUCUACCAGAGUGCUGUGGACAAGGCCUUAGAGAGUCCAAAUGGACACCUGGACUUGUUCCUCCGCUUCCUCCUGGGUCUUUCACUGCAGACCAAUCAGACUCUCCUACGAGGUCUGCUGACACAGAGGGGAAGCAGCUCAGAGACAAAUCAGGAAACAACUCAGAUAAGUGACGGGAUGAACGACAGCCAGGUAGCGCUCCACACAGCUGAAGACAGAUGCAACAACAUACAGCAGGUCCACGAUGGCCAUGUUGUAGGUGAAGCUGUCAGAGUGACUCAGUGUUACUUCUGUGGAGGUGGAGCGCUUUUUCCACCAUUCUUGGAGACCAUGUUGGAGGAUGAGGAAGCAGAGAGGACACGGAGAACAGAAAGGCUGCAGAAGGAGGAGAUGAUUAACGAUGACAUCAAGAGACUGAAAUUCAUAAUGAUCAUGACUCAGAUAAGUGACGGGAUGAACGACAGCCAGGUAGCGCUCCACACAGGUGAGCAGACUCAGAUAAGUGACGGGAUGAACGACAGCCAGGUAGCGCUCCACACAGCUGAAGAUACACGCAACAACAUACAGCAGGUCCACGAUGACCAUGUUGUAGGUGAAGCUGUCAGAGUGACUCAGUGUUACUUCUGUGGAGGUGGAGCGCUUUUUCCACCAUUCUUGGAGACCAUGUUGGAGAAUGAGGAUGCAGAGAGGUAG